UGCUUUGCACAAUCGUUAAAAGCAGCGCAUGAUCAACUGGCAUAAACAUUAUUUGGUUAUAAUGGUGAUGGUGUACUCGUUCGCUUUAUUAAGGUAUGAAAAACACCUGGAAAAGGAGCCCGCAUUGGAAUGUUGCUCGAUAGUUUUAGGCAGUGGAAUGAAUUUCAAAGGAGAAUAGUAAGCACUGCUUCAGAUGAUCCUACAUGUUCACUUCGUUUAUUCUGAUGCACAGUUUCAUAUAGAUUGCCGAGCGUGUAGACGUUGCUGUGAGAGUCUUUGACCUCUCUCAUUGUACAGCUGAGGCUCAUACUGAAGUUCUCGCCAGUAUGGUGCAUGUUGGUUUCAAUGUAUCGUACGUGGAAGUAAAAAACGCCGUUACCGUUACUAUUAUUAUUAUUAUUAUUAUUAUUAUUAUUAUUAUUAUUCACUAAAAUGGACGAGUCGUCCCUCUUGGAUUUGCUCGAGUGCUCAGUAUGCCUGGAACGGCUGGACACCACCGCCAAGGUGCUGCCUUGUCAGCACACCUUCUGCCGCCGCUGCCUGGAAAACAUCUUGAGCUCCCGCAACGAGUUGCGAUGCCCAGAGUGCCGAAUACUGGUUGACUGUGGCGUGGACGAGCUGCCUGCUAACAUCCUGCUGGUGAGACUGCUGGACGGUAUUAAACAGAGACCCAGGAACGGAGGGAGACUGUCACUUACAGGGGCUUCCCUGGGAUGCGCAGCCGGUAUCUCAGCCUCCACUCCGGGGACAGCCAUACGUGACCUACAGACAGCCAUACGCAGUUCCCCGGUCAAGAAUGUUCCCCAGCUCCCCUGCGGCAAAGCCCUCUACAACUAUGAGGGGAAGGAACCCGGAGACCUGAAAUUCAACAAAGGGGACGUCAUCAUUCUGCGCAGGAAGGUGGACGAGAACUGGUACCAUGGUGAGCUCAAUGGCAGCCACGGCUUUCUGCCUGCCAGCUACAUCCAUUGCAUUAAACCCCUCUCGCAAACCCCACCUCAGGGCAAAGCACUUUACGACUUUGAAGUCAAGGACAAAGACCAAGACAAGGACUGCUUGACAUUCACCAAGGAUGAAAUUCUUAUUGUGAUAAGAAGAGUGGAUGACAACUGGGCAGAAGGAAUGCUGGGAGAUAAAAUUGGAAUCUUCCCUAUUCUGUACGUAGAGCUAAACGAGGCAGCGAAGCAGCUGAUUGAGAUGGACAAGCCAUGCCCUCCCUCCGGAUCUGGCACUGACCCCUCAGCCCCAUGCUCGGCCGCCAGUGCCACCCUGAACGGCACUAGUGCCAUGAGCGCCAUCCACCGACGCAUCGAUGGCAAGAAGAACACCAAGAAGCGGCACUCUUUCACAGCGCUCAGCAUGACGCACAGGGCUGCCCAGGCCAUGAACAAUCGGCACUCCAUGGAGAUCAGUGCUCCGGUCCUUAUCAGCUCCAGCGACCCACGAGCAGCGGCCAGGAUCGGAGACUCCACACACCUGUCCUCCAGCGCACCCUCUCAGGUAAGGGCAGGUGUUCCCCCUAGGAUUGCUGCAGCAUCUGGUGACCAGGUACUGCAGUCAAGGUCCAGCUGCCCCCUCAACAUAUACCUAGCCCUGUACGCCUACAAGCCUCAGAAGACAGAUGAGUUGGAACUGCGCAAGGGCGAGAUGUACCGCGUCACUGAGAAGUGUCAGGACGGCUGGUUCAAGGGCACCUCUCUGCGGACCGGCAUGUCAGGAGUGUUUCCUGGCAACUAUGUGACUCCAGUGUCCAGGGCACCAUUUGCUGUAGGACAGUCCCGAACCAGUCUUCCCAUUUCCUCUCAACCGGUCAAGGGGGCCCCGACCUCUCCCCAGCCUGCAAGCUCGGCCAGCCCGGUCCUCUUGAACGCUGUGGCCAGGCCUGUUGCCCCCCUGGCUGCCCCCUCCACCUCCCCACAGCUGCAGCCCGCCUCCAUGCAGCUCAAGAACUGCCUGCGGGUCUCAGGCCAGCAGACAGUCAGCCAGGCCCGCAGUGCAAUGCAGCUGGUGCAUGCCGCAGCUGAGACACAGGAGAGGCCUACAGCGACUGUUCCUCCUCUCAGAACACAGAGCUCGCCCUCACGCUCCCCAGCAACUGUGAUUCGGCUGCACUCCAUGGUGUCCCCUCAACACAUCCACCAGCCACCCAUCCCAGGUACCCCGGGGUCUCCAUGUGUCUGGCCAACCUUCCCGCUCACCUCAGCUGCUGCCGCCAUUACCCCUCCCAACGUGAACGCUGCCAACCUGAAUGGAGAGACAGGCAGUGGAGCACCCCAUCCCUCCUUGCCUUCCCUCCCCACCAGCACUGUGCCAAGCCUGCCUAAGGCAGAAGAAAAGAAACCAGAGAAGAAGGAGAAGAAAGGAGGACUACUGAAGCUCUUGUCAGGAGCAUCUGCAAAAAAGAAAUCCCGCUCCUCACCUUCCGUCUCUCCCACCCAUGAACCCCAACCACAGGCAGCAGCGGAGGCACCUAUACAGGGGGCCAUGGGUCCUGAGGUGUCGUCAGUGUUGAAUAAUGGAAGAGCAGGUUCCUGUCCCAUCGAGAGCGAGAUGCAGGGAGCCAUGGGGAUGGAGCCCCUGCACAAGAAGUCUGGUUCUUUAGAUUUGAAUUUCUCAGUCUCACCUCCUGCCAGGCAGCCAUGCUCUUCAAUGGUGGCCCUCUGUCCAGAACCCAAGCCGCUCUCGAGAGAAAGGUACCGCGUGAUCGUACCCUACCCACCUCAGAGCGAGGCGGAGAUCGAGCUGAAGGAAGGAGACGUUGUGUUUGUGCACAAGAAGCGCGAGGAUGGCUGGUACAAGGGCACCUUGCAGCGCAGCGGGAAGACAGGUCUCUUCCCAGGCAGCUUUGUAGAAAGCUUCUAAGAAGCUCGACUCUUGUCAGCUGCAGCCGCCGCCAGGCCGCAAUGUAGCACAUACUUUUUUUGUGUGUUACUUGUUGUUUUGUAAUCUUUCUUGAAGAUUCCAGCUGCCAGAAGGGGUCCUCCCCUCUUCAGCCAGACAUGCUACCCAGCACAAAGCAAGGGAAAUGACAAACCCAUUGACAUUCACUGCCAUUACUGCUUCCAAAGAAAUUUGAAAGAACAUGAACCCAUGUACAAGCACACACAGCCAUAGGCACAGAGGACAUAGAAAACCAUCCUAUGAGUUAAAAGCCUUGGCGUGACUGCACUUUUGUCAAAGUGUACAUACAAUAGUAUGCUGAAGUAGUGCCUUCUCUCAUGGCGCCACCAACCAACAAGACAGACCGACUCACCGACCAGGAGCAAAUCAUUCACAUUUUUACUCAAACAAGCUACGCAGAUUAAAUGUCUUUUUUUUUUUCAAAUGAAUGUUUUGAUGUAUUACUGUAACUUAUUUUGGAGCGGCUGCAGUGAUCCCUUUUUAGUGCCCUGCAUGGGUUAGCUGUGAGGAAUAUCCUGUGCAUUUGAUGUGUUGUUGUACUGAAGACUAAAUAGAGGAAAGUAUUAAUAGGCAGCAAUAACAAAGAUGGCCAAUGAAAUAGGGAGGGGUUGAGUAAAACCAACCAGCUUAUUCCAUUGAAUUUUUUCAGUUUAUUAUAAAUCAGAUUUAGUGAACGACAGCACAUCGCCCAAGAUCUUAUAAGCACACAGAAAUACUAGUUAUUAUAGGCCUUCAUUAGAUAAUGUACUGUAUUAAAUGUUUUGUAUUUGUUCCUGAAAAAUACUAUUACUGAAGGGGUCGGAUUCUUAUUACUGCUCAUUGUCAGCCAAUAUUGAAUCACUGGAAAUAUUGACUGAUUUAUAUCACGUCUUGCUUGAAAUAUAAGGCAUUACUAAUUCAUGUUAGCUCCCUUCAAAUAAAACAAAUCAUAUCUUUUGAAUAGCUUCCUAAUAUUUUGUCCCUCUUGCUUACCUUUUCACUGCUCUUUUGUAACUCCUAUGCUGUCAAUAAAGAUUAUUUGGAUGACCUUAAAAAAAAAGCAUGAUCCCAGAGCAAGAGCAGUGAAAAAGAGUUGUUUCACAAGAGCCGUGAAAAAAGAGUUGUUUCACAAGAGCAGUAAAAAAGAGAUGCUUCACAAGAGCGGUGAAAAAGAGUUGUUUCACUAGAACAGUGAAAAAAGAGUUGUUUCACAAGAGCUGUGAAAAAGAGUUGUUUCCCAAGAGCAGUGAAAAAGAGAUACUUCACAAGAGCAGUGAAAAAGAGUUGUUUCACAAGAGCGAUGAAAAAGAGUUGCUUCACAAGAGCAGAGAAAAAGUGUUGCCUCACAAGAGCAGUGAAAAAGAGUUGUUUCACAAGAGCAGGAAAAAGAGUUGUUUCACAAGAGCGAUGAAAAAGAGUUGCUUCACAAGAGCAGAGAAAAAGUGUUGCCUCACAAGAGCUGUGAAAAAGAGUUGUUUCACAAGAGCUGUGAAAAAGAGUUGUUUCACAAGAGCAGGACUGCAUGGUGAAUCUCCAGGUAAAUGCCCAAGUUGGGGCGUUGGGUUGUGUGUUUACUUUGACUGAUACAGUCAUUUACAAGGGAGUUUGACUUCAAAUAUAGUGUAGAGAUUUAUUGAUGCAAAAAUGUGGUCUACUGAUUAGAUGCUAUGACUGUGAGCUUACUUUUGGGCAGUUUACUGUAGGGCAGUGUUUCUCAACCCUGGUCCUGGGGGAACACUGCUGUGAUGGCUUUUGUUCCAACCAAGCACUCAUUACGUAAUUGAACCCUUAUUUGCCUAAUCUGAGUUUUUUAGUAGCUUAUAAAAAGUUUAAGAAUUUACGUUCAUUAUACAAUUUUAUAUCUAAAGUGAAA